GUGAGUGAAUGGUGUGAAGUGUUUUGAUGUUAGUGUCUUUCUAUUUCUUAUAAGGGCCAUUAGAACAAUGAGGUCCUGAGUGCAAAGGACCUCUGCCUCCUCUUUCACUCUGAAGAGAUCCUGAGAGCCAAGGAACUCUUGAACAGUCUAUCCUUCAUCAAGGAAAAGUUUUGAGUGAAAGGUUUACCUUCAGGUAUUAAUUUUUUCUCCCACCAGUAUUUUGUACCUGUUAACAAUUUACUUAUUCAAUACCUUUUUCUUGAUAAAAAUCUGUGAAAUGGAGGUUUCUACUGUGGAUUUGAUGCUCCUAACAUUACCUGAAACACUAAAGGGAGAAGGAGAAAAGCUUAUAGAAAUGUCCAGACUUAUAGAAGAAGAACGGCUAUUCCGAAAUGGAUCAAAGUUUAGAAGACAUUCCAAACCAAAAACACAUGAAGAAAUACAGGAAAAGAGAAUGGAUCAGAAGAAGAAGGCUAGGGAAAGUGCAGAGCCUCUUGCAAUUGCAAAGCUGAUAAUGGAAAUUUGGUCUCCCAAAAUGCGAUGUCAUGCAGAAAAAGUAAUAUUGAACAGGGCAGUACAGUUGGAUUACCUGAAAGAAUCUCACCUUAGAUGGGUUUUUGUUCUAGAGCAUUGUAUAGUCGAAGAGGCCACAGGCACUGAUUGGGUCAUAGACGAUCAAGAUGAAGCCAUCAUUGAGCUUAUAUGGAACAGAUUCAAUAUGAAGCAGCACUUCUAUGAUACCUGGUUUCAUCGUCUGUGGAUUCAAAGAUCAUAUGAUCGGCUGAAGACAUUCUUACCACUCCUGUCUGCUGAAAUGAUAAGUCGUCAUGAUCUCAGCAAGUUUGCAUUCAGCCAAGCAGUUGGAUACACACUGAAAUGGGUACAUAAUGUAUACAAUCAGAUAUGGAAGAGUGCUUGUGAUCUUCACCUGAACAAUGAACCCCAUCAUCCACACGUCUGGAAGUCUCCUACACCAGAGGAAAAGAGAAAGAAGCUGGAAUGUUGGCUGACAGAUGUAUGUGAUUUUCGAAAUGGCUGCCCAUAUGGCAUUGAUAUUAAAAAUUUUGAUCUGCAUUCAGAGGAUUUUCCAGAACCAUUUUUACAGGAAAGCUUUUUGGAUAUGGUUGCUGUUGAGUGGGAAAGGAAAAAGGGUCAGCGCCUUGACAUUACUACCAGGGAACUUGUGUACAUGGAUGACAAAUUUUUGCAGAGAUACAGUCCAGUCCAGCAUCAAAUAGUUCAUAAUCUGAUUCAAAGUAUAAUUUUAUCUGACAAAAGCUGGAAUGAUAUUAUACUGUCAGAAAGAGAAAAAAAGUUAUUGUCAACCAUUCCUCAAGACAGACAUGCGGUUAUUGCUUGUCAGAUUGAAAAUCAGAAAAAGGCUGAGGUUGCUAGACAGGUAAAACUUGCCAAUGAGGCUGAGAAGGGCAGCAGUAAAAUCCAUCUCAAACCAAGUGAGGAGAUGGUACAGCGAGGACAUGACAUUGCUUAUUUCAUUACAGUUUGCCGUGUGGUAACAGAAAUCUGGAAUGCUAAAUUCAGGCAGUAUGCAGAGAAGGUUCUGCUAAAAAAAGCUGUGAAUGAGGGUUUUAUUCAAGAAGAACAAGUGAAAUGGGUAUCAGUAUUUCAUCCACCAAUGAAUGAUGAUAGUGAAGAACAAAUUAUGCUGGAUGAUGAUCUUGUACUGCAAAUACUAUGGAAAGAUUUCAACUUGCAAAAACAUUUCAGUGCUGUAAAUUUCCACAGGUACUGGGUAAAGCAGAGUUAUCUGCGGUUGUCACAGUUUAUGAAAGAGUUACCAGAAGAGGUGAUAGAACGUCAUGACCUCACCAAGUUUGCUCUGUCCCAGUCGUUAGGGUACACUUUAAAAUUUAUACAUGAAGUAAACUACCCAGUUUGGCGCAAAGCCUGCAACAUGCAUCUGAACUGUGAACCACACCAUCCAGAGAUGUGGUCAGGAAAGCAUACACCUGAAGAUAAACAGUUGCACUUGGAGAACUGGCUGUGUGUCCAAGCUGGAGGGUACACAUAUGGCUUGGACCUUGGCACACUGGACUUUGCUUCGGAAGAUAUGGCCAAGUUAUUUCUGCUAGAGAGUUUGCUGGACAUGGUGGCUGUUGAGUGGGAGAGGAACAAAGGACAGCGACCAGACUUGACUUACACAGAACUAGUUUACAUGGAAGACAGGUUCUUGGCUCGCUAUUCACCAAAGGACAAAGAUUUCAUUCUCGAGCUGAUGUCCAUCAUUAGACAAGCAGAUAAGAAAACUGAUAUUGAUUAAAUGUAAUUAAAGAGAACUGAAGGAAAUUGAGGAAGAAGACAGAUAUUGAUUGAGCGAAUGUAAUUAAAGAGAACUGGAGGAAACUGACGGUUGAAUGUAGAAAAUAGUGCAAAAUACAGAUUUAUUGAAAUGUUAUAGAUAUUUAAGUGCAAGUUGUCAUCUAGACAAUAUUACUUGUAUAUAUAAAACAUGCAUGUAAAGUUAUGCAUAUUUUCAGCUACCUAAAUACCAUGUUACAUUUAUCACUGUCAUUGCAUCUGUAAUUAAUUAUCUCAGACUGUGUUCAUAAACAUGUUCACAUGAAUACUCACCACACAGAUAGAGGUUUUAAAAAAUGCAUAUAUUUGUAUAUUACAUAGAUGUAGAUAAAUAGAAAAUUAUAUAUGAAUAUAUAAAUUUAUACUGUGCUUAUAGAUAUAUUAUAUACUAGACUUGUGAAUAUAUAUUACUUGUAUGAAAAAAAAACUGAGACAGUACAAUAAACAUACAUUGAUUCAUAAAUGUUUGAAUUUUUGCCCAUUUGAUUUAAAGUAAAGAAAACUACUUUACUAUUUAAAAUAUUGAAAUAAUAGUUAUUGAUAACAGUUUUGUUUCAUGUGGUUAAUGAGCAGUUUAUAAGGUUCUGUAAAAGAUAUUACACAUUUCAAAAGUAUGCAGUAUGCAAAUCCAUUCUGCAACAUUAUACACUAAAAUAAAUGAUUGGUCAGAAACUUUAACUUCCAUGCAGUAAUCUGUAAUUGGACUUCCAAAUUCAAACAAACUAAUAAUCUUUUCUUGCAGUUUAUUAUAAAAUACUAUAAGAUAGAACAGUAUAAAGAGCAUUUUGCAAUUGAUUGUAAUUGGACUUUCACAGUCAAACAAAUUAAUGUGUAAUACUGGCAUUUUAUUUUUAAAAAUACUGCAAGAUAGAAUCAGUAGUUGAAAGAAAAUUUGCAGCUAAUAAUUUAAACCCAUUUUAGUUAAAUGGUACUUUUAACCCAUUGGAUCUGUGUGAGAUGACCUUCAUGUCAUGAAAGAAUUUGUCAUGAGAAUGAAAUAAUGUUGUUAAGUGGUGGGUGAUAGGAAUAUCUAGCCAUAAAUGAACAAAGCUCUUGCUGGAACAUUAGACUCAUUGGGCAUUUACGAUGGUUCUCUUGCAUUAUUUCCACUGGUAAACAAGGAUGGAAAGUACCAUGUAUAAACCCUGCCUUGGAAGAGUGCUGGCUCCAAGAAUGACAUGAUUUUCAUGCUCAAUAUCCUAUUCCUUCUCACUGUGACUCUGGUACAAGGUGUGUACAGAAAAUUGAACAAAAUGAAAAUGUAAAAGGACAUAUAAUACAGUUACUUAUUGUUAUUACAGUGAUGUACACUACUUAGAGAGAUAAUAUAAUUUUAAGGAAAACCAUAUUACCAUCUUAAUUCAGCAUAAUAAAUUAUUAAUACAGACCACAGAAAAUGGCAGAACAGCAAAAAACACUUAUGCAAAUACUGCACAUAAGAGUUUGUGAUAUGGGAACAUGACUUGCUAUUUUACCUAAAGGAUUAUCUUCAAGUUAAUGUACUUCACUUUUAUAUUUACGUGUAUUUGAACUUUAAUAACAUAUAUGUUUUGGAUAAAGAUUAUUUGUAUUGUGCCAAAUUAGUAUAAAUCUGUUAGCUACUAGUAUCAUAAGAUCAAUGUAUUGCUUUCUUUGAGUAAAAAAAUAAUUAAAGAGACUUAUGGUUUCCUCUAAAGUUGAACUUAAUAGUUAUUAGUCUAAUGAUUUGAAAUAUACCUUGUUAAAAUGAC